GUCGAGAAAAAUCGAAAUAAAUUAAUAAUGAAAUAAACAAGAGAAUGUAAAUCCACCAGAGGCACCGCCAUCCAACGACCCGGGCUGAAGCGCGCAUCGCCGGGGCUUGCAGGCUGACGGUGGGGCUGCAGCAGAAGAGGAACCGCUGCACUGGAUGGUGGGAGAUGAUGGUAAUGAUGAUGCCAUCCUGGACCUGAUACACGAGGACCGUAGGACUGGUGGUGGUGAGGAUUAUCCGGGAGGCUGGAGACAGGGAGGGGGGGAGGCAGCGACACGCAUCAUCCGGAGAGGACCGUUUUUAUCAGGGAGGCUGGCCGACAAAUAACACGGAACUGUAAGAAAACUCAUCGACAAUAAAAGGAACAGUUUAAGAUUUUCCAGUUGGAUAUUUUCUUUACAUAUUUAGCCAAUUGCCUGUAUAUAUUUUCUGAAAGGAUACUGGUCUUCAGGGAAGAAAGUCAGUUCACGAUUGUUCCAGAAACGCGAGCAGAUCCAACGCAACUGACCGGGAAUCAGCCAAAUCCAGUAUUGUUAUGCAACUCUAAUCAUUUGCAGUUCUGUAGGAAGUGUCCUGCUGUUUCUUUCCGAGUAGCUGGGCUUCUGUGGUGCUUUCGAGGGCAGCUGGGAUUACUGAGGUCAGUCGUUCAUUUCGGUGUGUGUGAGGGGGGUCGGGGGGUAGGACCAUAAGUGGACGCUCGGUAGUCGAGGCUCGACUCCACGGAGGGAAAAGAUGUCGGGUCAGACGCUGACGGACCGCAUCGCCGCGGCGCAGUACAGCCUGACGGGAUCCGAGGUCGCCCGAGCUGUGUGUAAAGCCACCACACAUGAACAGACACCUCCAAAGAAAAAGCACCUGGAAUACCUGAUCCAGGCCACCCAGGAGACCAAUGUGAAUGUCCCCCAGAUGGCCGACGUGCUGAUGGAGAGGGUCGGCAACGCCAGCUGGGUGGUGGUUUUCAAGGCCCUGAUCACCACACACCACCUCAUGGUGACUGGCAACGAGAAAUUCCUGCAGUUCCUGGCAUCUAGAAACAGCUUGUUCAACCUCAGCAACUUCCUGGACAAAACUGGCUCCCACGGCUAUGACAUGUCCACAUUCAUCAGGCGCUACAGCCGCUAUCUCAACGAGAAGGCCUUCGCCUACAGACAGAUGGCUUUCGACUUUGGCCGGGUCAAGAAAGGAGCCGACGGAGUGAUGAGGACCAUGUCAGUGGAGAAGCUGUUGAAAGGAAUGCCCACCCUGCAGAGCCAGAUCGACGCGCUGCUGGAUUUUGAAGUGCAUGCACAGGAACUGACCAAUGGGGUGAUAAAUGCCUGCUUUCUCCUCCUCUUCAAAGAUCUGAUAAAGUUAUAUGCCUGCUACAAUGAUGGCAUCAUUAACCUGCUCGAAAAGUUCUUCCAGAUGAAGAGAAGCCAGUGUAAAGACGGGCUGGAGAUCUACAAAAGAUUCCUGACACGAAUGACUCGGGUUUCAGAAUUCUUCAAAAUUGCUGAGCAAGUGGGAAUAGACAAAAAUGACAUACCGGAACUCACUCAGGCCCCAGAAAGUCUUCUGGAGUCCCUGGAGACCCACCUUAACACGCUGGAGGGGAAGAAGCCAGAGGAUAAGUCGCCCACUAAGCAGGAUGCGACAGCCAACAACAGCUCGCCGGUGGCGGCCGCUGCCGCUGUUGUUGUCGCACCGGCCCGGCGUGCGCCUCCCCCUGCUCGCCCCGGGCCACCUGCCAAACCUCCUCCGCCCUCUGUCCCCCCUACCGCGCCAGCCCCCACCGUCACCGCCACCCCUACCACCAAUGCCCUUGAUGAUGGCUUCUUGUUGGAUCUAGACCCCAUGGCCUCAGCAAAGGGCUCAGCAGCGACUUCUUCCAUGACUGGAUGGGGAGAUCUCUUGGCUGAGGCAGCACCGCCUGCCACUGAUGAAGCCUCUGAAGCUCUCCUAGCGGAGGGAGAGUCUGAUGCUGCCGAUGUAGUGGCUCUUGCCCCUGCACCUCCCGCGCCCAGAGCCGCCACCGCUACCAUUGCCGCUGCAGCCGCACCGGCGCCCGCCUCGCUGCCCGUCUCCGCUCCCGCCUCAGCUGCUGACAUGGACCUUUUCGGAGAUGCCUUUGCACCUUCCCCAGGAGACGGUCCUGCCGCCGUGGCCGCGGGCCCCGUCGCCGAUGCAUUUGGUGGAUCUGACCCCUUCGCUACGACGGAGGGGAGUGGGGUCAUUGCUCAAGAGCUGGACCUGUUCGCCAUGAUGCCCACCGACACAGAUGCCACCAGCAUCACCCCUCCCACCUCUAUUGAGACGCCGACCAUCGUCGCCCCUAUCGCUGCCCCCGCUGCCCCCACCCCUUCUUCCACCACCACCACCACUACCACCGACACCACCACCACAGAGUCUGCAGCCGCUCCGACUUUAGAUAUCUUUGGUGAUAUGUUUGAUUCUAUGCCUGAGCAAAGCCCUACCACAGAAUCCAAAGCCGCUACCACUCCUAGCGUAGACCUUUUUGGUGCAGACCUCCCUGCUGUUUCACGCGGGCCUUCUCCUUUGCCCGAGCCGACUCCGGCUGGAGACAUUGUGACCGACUCAUUUGACUCUCCAGCUGCUGCCAGCGACGCUCCUGUCGCUGCUCCCGCCGCUGCUCUUAGUGCAGCCUCCACCCCAGAGGACUCCUCUCCUCCCAAAGCAGAGCCAGCACCUGUCAUUGACCUGCUGGACUCCUUCGGCAGUCCUGUGGAGGAGACGCACAGCUCUGCUCCUGGAGGGCCUGGAGACGAUCUGCUGGGAGGCCUGAUGUCCCCCACCCUGGCUCCCACUACUGCCCCAGCUCUGGCUCCAGCCUUGGCUCCCAUGCAGAACGACCUCCUGGAGUCGGGCUUUGAUGCUCUGGGCUCCCUCGCCUCUCCAGCGCCGCCUGUACCUGCUGUGGUACCAAUAGUACCAGCUGCACAAGAUCCCGCCACCACCACACCGGCGCCCUCUGGUGGCUUUGAUGCUUCGAUGUUUGGUGGAUUAGGCGACUUGCUGAUGCCCUGCAUAACACCCCAGAGCACCGGCGGCAGCACUGCUGGAAGUACAGCAGGAAGCAUGGGAACUCCUGUCGCAGCGGGAGGGAUUGCAGCUGCUCCUCCAACGAAAACCGUCGGAGGAGACCUGGACUCGUCACUGGCCAACCUGAUUGGAGACCUUGGAGUAAAGAAAAAGGACCCACAGAGUGAGAAGAAGCUGACAGGAGGGGCCAACUGGAUGCCACAUGUAGCUCCCACGAGCUGGGCUACACCAGGAGCCCCCAUGGCUGGUUCCGCCCCUGGAGCUCCUGGGGCCCCAGUAGCAGCCAUGGUGCCGCCAAUGAGCGCACAGCCUGGCUUUGGGAUGCCUCCUGUAGGUGGGCCUGGAGCUCCUAUGAUGCAGCCCAUGAUGGGGCAGCCUAUGAUGGGACAGCCCAUGAUGAGACCUCCCUUCACUGGGGUGGCUGGAGCUGCACCUGGAGCCGCUGCACCAGGAGCACCGAUUCCUCCAAGCAAGAGCCCCAAGAAGCCAAAGGACCCUUUGGCAGAUCUCGACCUCAAAGACUUCUUAUAACGCCCCAGCUGCUUUCUUCUCUGGAGCAGGGCUCUCUCACCUUUUACCUGGUGUCUGUCAACAUCUCAGGAUGUUCAGCGACUAUAAGAGCCUCUUAUCUCCACCCCGCCCAUCAACACCCCACCCUUCUCCUGUGUGAUGUCGUAGCACAAACUGUGAAAGUGAACCAUAGCGGAUUACAUAUAUAUAUAUACAUAUAUAUAUAUAUAUAUAUGAGAAAAAAAAUGCAAGUGUGUGCUUAUGUAGAUGUUCUAAUCUUUUGUCUAAAGAAAAUCACUUAAAACCCAGACAAAAAAAAAGUCCACAAAAGUAAGUGAACGAAAGUGAAGGCGUGUGUGUUUAGGUUUAUUUCCAGUGUUGAGUUGAACGAUGGAUGUGCUUUGGUGUCCUAAGCCCCACCCACCACCCCAUAUGUGUCCCCCCCGCCUCCUUAUAAAGGGGGAGGAGCUCUUCUUUGUCCCACUCUGAUUGGAUAAGAGUGGUGAACAAAGCCCCGGUAGAUUUCUUUGGAGAAACCUGUUGUGUGUUGUUUACAGAAAGGUCCUCGUUGAUGUACAUAGAUUUCUCUGGCGAGGACUACUUCUCUAUUCUGUAUGUCUGUUGAAGAGAAAUAUAAAUGUGAAUCUGACAUGAAAUUGUAAGAAGUCGUGUGAGUAUCCUUCUAUUUCCCGUCAUCUUUUGAAAGUAUUCGGAAACAAAUAUGUCUACCGCUACAUAAUUACUGUAUAUUAAGAAACACCUUGGGCGUCUGAAUCAUACCAGACCAGCAAGUGACCCUUUCAAAUUUGUUCUUUUUUUUUUUUACUUGUGGCUUAUUUUUGUAUGUUUCUUUAUUUGUCGCGUGUUACAUUUACAUGUUCUGUUUCUGUUAGAAUAAUCAUCCUCAAACUGCUGUCGAUAUAUUUGCUGGCAUCGCUAUUAAAGAACAUAUCUUACAACUAACUCCCAGAGAAAAUGCUUUAGUUAUUCGUCAGAGAGGUAAACUCAGACUGUCCCUCAGUAUAACUGUACAUGUUUCUACCUGCGGUUGUGACUCUACCCAUGUGGAUAUGUGUGUUGCCUGUGCUUUCAUUAUAACUACGACCAGGUCAGUAUGAUUCCCUUUUGUAUUUAGAGUAGAAGAUUAUUCCAUUGCCAUACUAAACUCUAUGUUCAGACAGAUCAAAUGAAAAGAUUUCAAACCGACAUCCAGUAGAAAGGACUUUAGUAGCAGUCAGGUCAAGCUUUUGCUAAACAAACAAAGUUCUGUUUACACUCACUGUUCCUCACCAAAUAAGCUUUUGGGUGCGUCAUUGAGGCCUAACAAAUGUGAUGAAUGAAUUUACUUCCUCAUGAAACAUUUGAAAAGCCAAUUUUUUGAAAACUUUGAAAGCUACAUUGUUUACACACAAAAGGGGGCCUAAGGACUGAACUCCACAGGGUACCUUUAAGUUCCAUGAUACUGUACUAACCAAUUGCAACCAUUGCUGUGGGACGUGACGGGCCAAGUGACAGCGCGUAUGCCUGCACUGCUGCUUUGACAAUAUUGCAAUUCACCUGAAAAUGCAAUAUAUUUGAUUUCUGUCUGAACAUACUUUUUGUUCAAGUUGUUCAUUUGAUCUUUGCUGACCUUUUGGCCCGUUGGCAGUUGAGCAGUACAUAUUGUCAGUGGCCACAGGAGGAUGCCGCUGUCCGUCUAGACAUGAUCGUGUCCCCAAAAGCAUCACAACACAAAGCUCCUCUGGUCCCCGCAGACUAACAAUGAAAUCGAUGUGUUGAUAUGCAUGUGGACAGCUGCUGUGUAACACCCCGGUCCUGUGCUGUAAACCAGACUAACGUAAAGCCUACUCGGCGUGUCGUCUAUUCAGUGGACUGAAUGAGCAAUUGGUCUUGAGAAUCUGAUAUGAUUCAGAGACAACGAUGGGAGAUUAUUAACAUUUUUCAUGAAAUUGUAUUUUUGUUUUGUUGUAAAUUUAUUUUAUUUACGAUGGCCCGCCCCAGUGCAUGUAAGUCCUUUGAGGUGCAAUAAAUUCAAUGACGGAUUGAA